ACAAUCGCUAUCGUGGCAGAAAGUGCGUGGAUGCUGGCUUCCCUCACCCACAUAUGUGUCUAGUCCUACAGUGGAGCGACUGAUACGGCGGCAAGGAGGUAGAAAAAAUCGGGGUUUAGUGCCGCUGCGAAAUGGCUGGACAGCAGUUUCAGUACGACGACAGUGGCAACACUUUUUUCUAUUUUCUCACGUCCUUUGUGGGACUAAUAGUCAUCCCAGCCACCUAUUACCUCUGGCCCCGGGAUCAGAAUGCGGAGCAAUUGCGGUUGAAGACUUUACGUAGAGUUCAUGGAAGAUGUCUGUGGUAUCGCCUUCGGCUUAUGAAAUCACAGCAGAGCAUUGUUCCAACACUUAAAAAAGCAGCCCUGUUGUUUGGGUGGGCAGUAUUUCUUUUCCUGGCCUAUAAGGUGUCUAAAUUAGAUCGAGAGUACCAGGAGUAUAACCCCUAUGAGGUCCUCAACUUGGACGCAGGGGCAUCUGUUGCUGAGAUUAAGAAGCAGUACAGAGUUCUGUCUCUAAAACACCAUCCUGAUAAAGGUGGAGAUGAGGCCGUGUUCAUGAAGCUUGCUAAAGCUUACUCAGCUUUGACUAAUGAGGAAUCACGGAAGAACUGGGAGACAUAUGGCAACCCUGAUGGCCCAAGAGUGACAAGUUUUGGAAUCGCUCUUCCUGCAUGGAUUGUUGACCAGAAAAAUUCCAUGCUGGUGCUGCUGGUCUAUGGGUUGGCUUUUAUGGUCAUCCUUCCUGUGGUUGUGGGCACAUGGUGGUACCGUUCCAUCCGCUACAGUGGUGAUCAGAUCCUGAUCAACACAACUCAGCUUUUUAUGCACUUUAUGUACAAAACACCUACAAUGAACAUGAAACGAUUGGUGAUGGUUCUGACAGCAGCAUUUGAGUUUGAUCCUCGUAGUAACAAAGAAGCCAUUAUAAGACCAACAGACAACAUAGAAGUUCCCCAGUUGAUUCGGGAGCUGGGGAACAUUAAUGUUAAGAAGAAGGAACCUCCGUUCUGCUAUCCCUACAGCCUGAAGGCUCGAGUCUUAUUACUUACACACCUUGCCAGGAUGGAUGUUUCUGAGAACAUAGAGGAGGAUCAAAGGUUUGUGGUGAAGAAGUGCCCUGCUUUACUACAGGAAAUGAUCAAUGUUGGCUGUCAACUCACUAUGAUGGCAACAAGUAGAGGAGGCCUUCGAGCUCCCAGGCUGACGUCCAUAGAGAACUGCAUGAAGCUGUCUCAGAUGGUGGUUCAAGGACUGCAGGAGGCAAAGUCUCCUCUGCUGCAGCUGCCCCAUUUUGAAGAGGAGCACCUCCGAUACUGUAUCUCUAAAAAGUAUAAGGUGCGGACGUUGCAGGACCUGGUCAGUCUGAAGGACUCUGACAGGAGAAACAUGCUGAGAUUCCUUGGGGAGGAGAAGUAUGAUGAGGUCAUGGCGGUCCUCGGGAGCUUCCCCUAUAUCAACAUGGAAACCAAACUUCAAGUGUUGGAUGAUGAAGAUAGCAAUAACAUCACAGCAGGAUCCAUUGUCACAGUUACAGUUACCCUGACAAGGAAGAGAAUGUCUGAGAUGUUCGAGAAAGAGGACAAUGCGCCUCUGCCUACUACUACUACUACUACUGAGGAAGCUAAUUCAGAGGAGCAAGGUGAUGCCAAAAACAAAACAAAAGGUUGGCACAAUAAAAAUAAAGGAGCUAAAAAAGCUGCCAAGUCCAAAAAGAAGAAAUUGACUAAGAAGAAACCAGUCACCCAACAGCAAGCAAAGGGAGACAAGGCCAAACAGGCCAAUGGCAAUGUGGCAGGAAAUGAAGUUGCUGCAUCAAAAGAGGAAGAGGACGAUCUCUCUGAUAAAGGCAGUGAAUCAGACGAAGCAGAGGUAAAUAAGGACUCACCCAGCGAGAGAGAUGAGGAGAGCGACAAGCAGAGUGACACUGAGUUGGAUGAGAUUGGCGGAGAUGAUGAGGAGGAAUGGGAGGCCCUACAACAGAGCAUUCAGCGUCGUGAGAGGGCACUAUUGGAGACCAAGUCUAAAGUCACACACCCUGUCUACAGCCUGUUCUUCCCUGAGGAGAAACAGGAGUGGUGGUGGCUCUACAUCGCAGAUAGGAAGGAGCAGACACUGGUGUCUAUGCCCAAUCAUGUGUGCACACUCAGAGACACAGAGGAGGUUGAACUGAAAUUCCCCGCUCCAUCCAAAACCGGAAACUAUCAAUAUUCUGUGAUUCUCAGAUCAGAUUCAUUCAUGGGAUUAGAUCAGGUCAAGCCACUCAAGCUGGAGGUUCACGAGGCGAAGGCCAUGUUGGAUAACCACCCACAGUGGGAUAUCCCAGAAACCGAGGAAGAGGAGGAUGACCCAGAGGACAGUGAUGGCAUUGAGGAGUCUGAGGAAGAUGAAGAAGACAACGACUAAACCAGUCAUUUCAUGCAAACUUGAGCACAGCUCAUACACCCAUGUGCCCACUCAUGCGCGCGCGCACACACACACACACCCACGCUCACACACACCCAUAUAGCCCCAAACCAUUGCCGUCUUCUGGGCCGCCAUACACCGGAGGCAAACAGGAGACAAGGACGUUGACGCCCCAUCUUCCUGUUUAAAAUGCUCAUGAAUCACAAAUGUGUCUGAACCGUUUAUUUCGCCAAUCAAAAUAAGACUUAAGGAACUGUUGGUUAUCUUUCCCUGCGUUCAUCCAGUCGUUAUCGGUGGGCUGUCACAGUGGUUAUUUGUGGGGUCCAGCUGUGUUUCAGAUUCCUCUCCACUUGACGAAAAAGAUGUCUGACCAACCAAUGCGUCGGAAAAAAUAAAAACCAGAGUACCGCUGAAAAAUCACACACCUCAUGACUGUCAUUUUUCAAUGUCACCGUUUCUGCUUCAAGGGUGUUUUCUACCUUAUCAUUUUGUAGUUUUAUGUAGUUUAUUAGAUAUCAAAUUUACCAGGUGUUUCCACUUUUACGAGGCUGUGUGAAGUGUAAUCUGGAGUGAGCACAAGGACGUGGUGCGCUCAGGGCUUGAGCCGGAAUUAUGGGGGAAGGGGUUUUGCAUCUCAAAAUGUCUCCAUUGUCAUCAAGUGUGGAAAUUCAAUACAUUUAUAAAUCUCACCUAUCUUCCAGCUUGUCGUCACAAGCGCAGGUUGUCUCAGCUUCACGAAAAUGACUGCAGACAUUCCACAGCCAGGUCUACUGUUUAGUUCUGAUUUAACUUUUAAUGUUGCUUCACCUAGAACUAUUGCGCCGCUGUUUCACAAAUAAGCAGGUAGAUGUCAGACUGAUUUCUUGCCACAUGGCCUAAGGUGUUUUUUUUUUUUGGAAUAUUGAAAUGUGAAUUUUUGCCCUUUUAUGUUUAUCCCACUGACUUUUUGAACUGGAAACAGAAAACUCCUCACUGUUGCUGACUGCAGUUGUUACAAAGAGCCCAUGUUUCUAGCAUGAAUGUACACAAGUACAGGCCUUUUCCCAUAGAUCUGUUGGACAUAGUGCAGCGAAAGACAGGAAUUUAAACCAAAAAAUGAUCAAAUGACUUUUUGGUUUCCCAUGGUUUCUGUAUGCCUCAAUUAUAGAUAGGUUAGAUUUGUUUUUUUUGUUUUUUUUAUAUAUAUAUAUAUAUAAUUUUUACAUUCCACUCUCAUCUAAUAUAAAUGCCUUAUUCAAUGUAUAGAAUUUUUAGUGGCCACAAAUAUUGCAAAUGGUUUGUGAUGCAAAAACAUCAAUAUGAGUGAUGGGAAUAAUUGAGGGUCAGUGAUUUUCUGCAAGUUUUUCUUGUUUUGUUUUUGUGUGUGGAGGGAUGCAACAGGGCUUGAAACUAAGGGUAGAUUUUGCCUUUUUUUUUUUUUUUUUGGAUAUGAUUAUUUUCGUUCCAUUUAAAUGUUAUUUUGCACCAGUGGAAGGUCUGACAGUGUAUUGGAAGUGCUGAUUUAGUGGUUGUGAAAAUACUAGUCUGGUCCGUUUAUUUAUCAAUCAGUGGGAGAGGUUAUGCUGACCGAUAUGAAAUUAUUUGUAGAAAUGCGUAUGAAAUGGUAAUCUCUUUAAUUUUUUUUCUUUUUUUGGAAUUUAUGACAGGAAAUUGGAUUUUCUUGUUUGUUCCCAAUAGCUAAUGUAUGUAUUUUAUAGUUAUAUUUGGAAAAUUGCAAAAAUGAGUAGAAAAUUAUUUUACUUAUAUCCCCUCGCGUUUAUUAGCAUAAACACAGUGUGAUCAUUCUUGACAUAGGGAAGGUGUCAUAUUCUGGCUGCAUGCAACUCACACAUUCACAACCAAUUUUAUAAAAUGAUAAAGGUUUUACAGAUAAAUAGACAUUUUAGUAUUAUAGCUCCAAAAAGAUUGUAGCCUCAGAAUUCAUGCUGUGACUGAAGCGCACAGAUUAUGAAAAAAACAUGUCUUCACAUACACAGAAACUCACCGGCCAGAAAAAGGGGUGAAUUGCCUAGUAAACAGUAUCUGCCACUUUUGUUUACAAGAAAACUGUCAUUGUAAAUGGAAAAUAUAUAUUAUUUGUAUUUAAAUAAUUUCAAAUAAAAUAACUUUUUAAAUGA